GGAGCCCGAUGUAGAGACUCUGUUGCCGCUCAUCUGAGGCUUGUGGGUGCUGAGGGGUGUUAUAUGGAUUGUGGUGAGGAGGCAGUUUAUAUUUUUCAAGCACGGGUGUUGUUGGCCGUAAUUUGACCCAAGGCUCAGCCCCAACCGGAACUUGAUUCUAGUGCCUGCCUUGGGAGGGCGAGAUGAAACUUUUUAAAAGAAAAAAUUUCUUUUUGCGCGCAGAGUUGAAAUUGAUGGGGUUCUCUCGUUCAGGAUUCAUUUAUCGCAUUUUUAUUCUUAAGAAAGAAGACAAAGAAAAGGCAUCACUUCUAGAGAAGUUUGAAAUCCAGCAACUUUCGUUAUAGAACGUAACUAUUUGAGUAAUCUUGUCUGGUAUGUGAAUUGGUUUACUCAGAUAUGGACCGUAAUCCAUCACCACCUUCUAGUGAUACAGAGGAAGAAGCAGCGGUUGCUGACGAUUCCAUUGGAAAUACAGUCUAUAGCAAGCACUGGCUGUUCAGUGUCCUGACAAAGCUAAUUGAGGUUAUUAGCCCUAAAAAGGGUGAUUCUGAGUUGAAUAAUGUGGAUGUUCAGGUGGAGUUAGAUGAAGAUAUGGAGAAUGACAUUUGUAAAGUUUGGGAUAUGUCAAUGGAUAAGGAUGUUGCUUUAUUUCUUCAAGAGUUUAAAGCCCCAGAUAUAUUUAUGGGAGUUUUUGCCAAAUCAAAGUGUCAUCGGCUUACUGAAAUCUGUGUUGGAAUACUAGGUAAUAUGGCUUGUUGUCAAAACAUAUGUGUGUCCAUUAGUAAAGAUGAGAACCUUGGGCAGUUGGUAUUGCAGCGUUUAUGUGAUUCAGAUCCCCCAACUUUGCUUGAAACAAGCAGAUUGUUGCUGACUUGCCUCUGCCAUCCUGAGGUUGCUAGUAUUUGGGUGGAAAGAAUCCGAGGAAGUCCGUCAGUGUAUGACUGUGUCUGUUUUAUCAUGUCUAGUUCUACAAAUGUGGAAUUGCUUGUGAAAGUAGGUGAAGUAGUUGAUAAGUUAUUUGACCUGGAUGAAGAAUUAAUGCUAAACUGGAUUAAAAGUGGCUCUCAUAAGGCAGCAGGGCAGCCCACAGAUGAUUCUCCAGAAGAACUUCCAGAUUUUGAGAUUGUACCUUGUCUUCUUGAAGCUGCAAAACAAGUCUGCUCAGAUAACAAUAUAGAAGGACUUGAUGUUUAUAUGCAUAUCCUGCAACUGCUUACCACAGUAGAUGAAGGCAUUCAAGCUAUUGUACAGACUACUGAUGGUGGAAAAGAAACUUGGAAUUUGCUGCAUAAUGUCUUUUGUAAUGAACUUUGCCAGCCAGAUGAUCCACCAAUUAUUGUCCAAGAGCAGAAGACAGUGUUGGCUUCCAUUUUGUCUGUGUUAUCAGCCAUUGUUGCUUCACAAAUGAAAAAGGAAUAUGUCAGGAUAGGAAAAAAUAUGCCUCUGAUUGUUAGCUUGAUUAGAGUCUUACAAAACUUGGAGGAAUGUGGAAAGAGAUCUGCAGAUGGCUCCAAAGAAGAAAAGUUGGAGGAGUCUGAGGAAGACUUUCAUUUAAAAAUCUUAAAGGACAUUUGUUGUGAACUACUCUCCAAUAUGAUUCAAGAGCUGUCUAAGGAAAACAUUUUGGAAGGGCUCAAGCAAGGCCAUAUAAAUGAACAGAAAUGUUCCUGUGCAUUUCAACAUCUCCUUCCCUUUUAUUUCACUUCGGUGGAGAGCUUUUUUGAAGUAUUGCGUGAAGCGGAUCAGACUCUUGCUGAUACUCUAGAAAAAAGAUUCCCUAGCUUGAAACUCCAGACAUAGGAACGUCUGAACUAUAUUUUUUUCAGAAAGGUGGUGAUUUUUUCAUAUGUUUUAAAGAUAACGUGUAAGGAUUUCAGAAGUAAUUACACUUGCAUUCCUUAAAUAUCUCUGCAAGGAAAUGUUACCUUUUAAAUACUUCAACCCAUUUUGCUGCCCUUUCCUGUAUCUGCUUGAAAAUAAGCAAGGGGGUGGGAUGUUUACUGGCUGUGUGCUUCCAGCCAGCUGGAGGUUGUGUGGCCACCCUGAUGAUGUCGUAAGGUCAAUCAGAUUUGGCUAAGUGAUAGUAAAGUAGGACAAGAAGAGCAUCUGAAGAAGAAAUUUCUUGUUCAUGAAAGCUUAUGAUAAAUUCAUUUUUAAAGUGUCGCUAGACUUGUUAUUUAAUUCAAGUGACUGCAGUUUAAAUUGAAUGUUCAUCCAAGUGCAAAUGCUGUUUAUCUUCCCUGCAUUGCUUUCAGUGGGACAUGUAUUUUCAUCAGCCUCCUGCUGGCAAGUAUCCUGAUCCAGAUUAAAAGUAAUGCUAUACAGAUAAAAACACCUGCAGUUAGUUAUAUGUGCAUUUUGAUGCAUAUCCAAUUCAAGCCAUAGUUCCUAACACAGCAAGUGAAAGGCACAGUGAAGCUUUUUUCUACACACAGAUCUUCUUCCUUGAAUGGGGACACUUGACAUGGUGCACUCUGUUAGAUAUUUCAUGGUACAGUGGGGCAAGAUGUUGCUUCUGCCUGGGCAGUUCUACCAUGGGCCAAUGCAAAUCCCCCUCACCUUCCACAGACCACUUGAGAAAUCACCAGAUUGGAAGGAAGGAAAAACAACAAUCGUCACAAAGCUCCUUUACCUAUUUCUGUUCAGCUCUACUUAGGGAGAGAAGCUUUACAAUAGUGGCUUUGGAAUUAAAAUAAUUUCCCAGCUCUGAUAGAUCCCUAAUAGUAAAUUGUACUAUAAUUUUGAAUACUGGGUUUCUUCAGCUGUUGUGUGUACAUUUAUCACAUGGAAUAAAUUGGAAACAGCUGUG